AAACCAACUAGGUACGGCUGGUGUCCUUCCCUGGAUCCAAUUAUAAUAAUACUUUCAUCAACAUUCAAAACCCUCUGAGCGGAGAGCAAUGCCGAGAGUGGUUGAGUUGGGUUCGAUGGCGGGGGUUCAGUGUUGCCAUCAUCCCUGCUAACCAGGAACUCGUCCGGCGUUUCAUCAAUCGUCAGGGCCCACUACGCUUAAAGACAUGCGCAUAUCCUGAGAACGGCGCAGCAAUCUUCAACUUAUCUGGCUUCGCACCGGAUCGAAUAGCACAUCACUUCGCUCGCGCAACACCCAGAGAUAUUCCCGAAAACCCUCCGCUAGCCAAUAAUGUCUCCACGGCAUGGAAUCGUAGUGCACCCCGGUGCCGCCAUCGACUUCUCCGCUCUCGCGCGUCCCAUACCCAGACCCUCCAAUCUUCUUGCCAGGGCAACGUCGACAGGAACCACUAUCGGAGGAAUCAUCUUCAUAAUAGUACUCGUCCUUAUCGUAAUUGGCAUCAUUUUCGCGGCUGUAGUCCUCAUCCUCAUCUGGAAGAACAAGGCGCAGAGACGGAAACGCCAACGCCAGAUGGAAGCGACGAAACCGGCGGCAAGACACGAAUACAGGGUGUUGGAGGAUACCGAGUCGGGCAAUGGUGGUCUCCACGAGCUGCCGCAGGAUAAUCAGGUGGGAGAUCCGGUUCCGUACCAGACAGUGGAGCUCCAGGCGGAUGUGAAUGAAGUCCCAAGAGUGCAGCAGCUGGAUGGGUACACUGCGCCGCCCAAGCCGAACAAUCAGCCCACCGAGCUCCCCUCUGAAGCGCAUGUUGUCGUCAGAGACACCUAUCGGUAGACUAGGAGCUAUAACUUUGCAUCCUCUUCGGCUGCGCCCUUACCGCUCUGCCGGGCCGGGUCCCACCGGACGGAAUCAUCAACGUUGCCUGUCCGAUGCCGCUUCAACUAUCUCCAGGGUCCUCGUACUUCCUCAUCAUCGUGCAGCAUGUGGUUUCGAAAUUGUCCUUCGGUAGUAUAGGGCAGUGUUCGAAUUUCCAACGCCAUCGGCAUUCCUUGGAUAUGGGAGCUUUC